CGGCGGCCGCUCCACUCCCGCUCCCCGGCUCCAGCUCCCGCCGUCAUGUGACCCCCGGCCCGUCACGUGACCGCGCCGCCCGGAAGCGCUCCCGCGGCACGGCCGCCGCUCCAGGCGUACCCCGACUGAACUACAACUCCCGGCGUGCCCUGGGCCCGGACCACAACUCCCGCUGUGCUUCCUGCGGCGCUUCGACGGCAGCCGAGGUGGGCCAUGGGGCACGCAGACAUGGCGCGUGUUCCGCACGUCGUGGCCGACACGGGCGCGUUCCUGAGCGCGGCCCCGCUGCAGGACAUCGCGGACGCGCUGUACACCGUGCCCGAGGUGCUGGCCGAGAUCCGCGACCGGCCCGCCCGCCGCCGCCUCGCCGCGCUGCCCUGCGAGCUGCGCGUCCGCCGCCCGCCGCCCGAGCUGCUGCGCCUCGUGACCGAGUUCUCCAAGAAGACCGGCGACUACCCGAGCCUCUCGGCCGCCGACCUGCAGGUGCUCGCCCUCACGUGCCAGCUCCAGACUGAGAUCGACGGCCCCGGCUGCCUGCGCUGGGAGCCGCAGGACAAGGUGCGGCUCAGCUCCACCCCGCGGCACCCCGAGGCGCCCCUGCACCUGGCCGGCUUCCACCUGCCCAAGCACAAGCCCGCGGCCAAGGGCCCGCAGCAGCCCGGCCCCGGCCCGGCCCCGGCCCAGAGCGACCCGUUCGGAUCCUUCCUGUACUGGCGGCCGCCCCUGCCCAGCAUCGAGGAGGAGCUGCGGGAGCUGCUGGCCAUCUCUGGUAGCCCCGAGCCCCCCGAGGAGCAGCGGAGCUCUGCAGGGGGGGCCAGCGCUGGCGAAGAGGAGGAGGAUGAGGAGAGCGAUGACGAAGGCUGGAUAACUCCCAGCAACCUGAAGCAGGCUCAGCAGGACACAGGGCACUGUGACACUGCUCCCGUUGGUAUCCAGGUUGGCUGUGUCACCACAGACUUUGCCAUGCAGAACGUGCUGCUGCAGAUGGGGCUCCACGUGCUGGCUGUGAACGGGAUGCUGAUCCGCAGGGCCCGGAGCUACAUCCUGCGCUGCCACGGCUGCUUCAGGACCACCUCGGACAUGACCAAGGUGUUCUGCCCCCACUGCGGUAACAAGACCCUGAAGAAGGUGGCAGUGAGUGUCAGUGACGAUGGGAGUCUCCACAUGCAUUUCUCCCGCAACCCCAAGGUGCUGAACCCCCGGGGGCUCAGGUACCCGCUGCCGGCGCCGCAGGGCGGGAAGCACGCCAACAACCCCCACCUGGUGGAGGACCAGCGCUUCCCGCAGCAGCGCCUGUCCCGCAAGGCCCGGCAGAAAACCAACGUCUUCGACCCCGAUUACCUGGCCGGGGCCUCUCCCUUCGCCGAGAACGACGUGCACAGCCGGGCCGCGCACCUGCACCUGCGCGACGCCGCCCUGGGCGCCGGCCGCCGCCGCCUCAACCCCAACGCCGUCACCAAGAAGUUCGUCAGGAGGAGGUGAGGGGCAGGACAGGCCCCGCCUGCAGGACACACCUGCCCGGGUGUGGUGGUGGCUCUGGCAGGCCCAGCCCAUCCUGUCCCCACGGCGCCACCGUGACUGGGUUUGGGAGCACGGGGCAGGGGGGGUGGCUUCCCUGCCCAUCCCCAGGCACCCCUGGGCAGGGACUGUGUCACCCAAUAAACACCAAACCCCAGAUCACUGUGACUUGGUCCCAUUUCUGCAGCUGCCUGUGCCAGGGGGAGCCUUUCUUUGAGCCUUGGGGGCUGACAAGGCUGGGAAAGAGGGAGGGAGGAUUUCUUGGAUCUUUUGCCCCAUGGGAUAAUGAGCUCCAGAAGGACAAAAGCCCAGGGCAGGGGGUUGUGUCCCACCCUGCUUCUGGGCAAUGCCCAGGGCUGAAGACAGAGACUCUGGGGUAAAGCUUCUUGGAUAAAUCUGCUGAAAUCUUUCACAAUUGACUGCUGGGCCCAGCUCUUGCUGCAGUUUCUCCUUAACCCUGCUGAAACUGUUCAAAAUAAGGAAAUACCUGAUAUCAGCUGUGGCCCCUGGUAUGAGGAGGUCACGGUUGCAGGGUGGGGGCAGCCCCCCAGGGUCCCACAGCACCAAGUCAGUGAGAUUGCCAAGGACCUUUUCCUGCAGCAGCUGCAGUGCCCCAGGCAUGGCCCUUGGAAAAACCAUCACAAGACUUUACACUGUAAAAUGAAAACUUUCAUCAUUUAUUCUCGACUGCAGCUGUUUACAGAAAUAUAGUUGCGAGUAUACAAAUGUCCCAAUAGAAGCAAAAUAUUUUAUUUUUUUAUUUUUUUUUUAAUAUUCAACAAGUUAUCACAGGAGAGCUAAAAACAUAGAUGCAAAUAAAAUAUCCCCUCAUAGACAAACUGAAAACACCGGGAAUCAGUGCUUGGAAAACCCACCUACGAAAGCCAUAUACACAGAACUGCACAAAGGAGUAUCUGGUGCUACUUUCACAUUGCAGGACACAGAAGAGGCAGCUCAGCGGUCAAGGGUGCACCCAGAACAUCUGGCAGGCAGGGGAGAGCCCACCAGAGGUGCAGGGAUAGAGGCUGGAGCUUAACUCAGCAUCAUCUUAGAUGGAACUAACUCAAAUUGCCUCCUUUUACCCAGAAUAAAAAAAGCUUCAGGGAUGCUGCAGGUUGCUAAGGAUACUGGCAUGGGAUCCCACUUGUGCAACACCCAAAGAGCCACUAACAGGAACUUCCCCCUGGACAUGUUACCCCAGCAGCAGCCAUGGUCCUGCCCAGGGCACUGGGGUCAGAUCCUGUUCCCUGGGGCAAGGCCAUUUACUGGAUCCUUCCCUAAGCCCAGGCCUGCAGCUGGGUGCUGGGUGUGGGAGCCUUGGAACCUGAACAGAGGGGUCAGGGAACCCCUGGAUUCUUUGCCCUGUCCCUGCACAGUGAAUGUCACUGGGCAAUUUAAUGAAGUGUAACAGCAAAAAUGACAACUCUGGAAAAAGCAGAGUUCAGCUCUGCAAACUCCAAGAGAACAGAGGACACUGUCUCUCAGUGUGCUGGAGGUGAUUUAAGAAAACCUGGACCAGGAAAACACUGAUCUACUCAUGACAAAUUCCAGUGGAACACAGAUUUGGAACUGGAAGUCAUGUUGGACACAAUACGCACUGUUGAUUUUAUGACCUGAUUUAAUGGCUGGAGCUGUGUUGGGGGGGUUAGGGUAGAGAUCAGAAAAGGUUCUUCCCCCAGAGGGUGCUGGGCACUGCCCAGGCUCCCCAGGAAAUGGUCAUGACCCCAAAGCUGCCUGAGCUCCAGGAGCCUUUGGACACCAGGGAUGCCCAGGGUGGGAUUGCUGGGGUGUCUAUGCAGGGCUGGGAUUGGACUGGAUGAUCCCUGUGGGCCCCUUCCAGCUCAGGAUAUUCCAUGAUUUUGUGAUUUUUAGGGUUUAAUUCCUCACACAACCUGCAAGGAAGAAAUCAGCACGAGUUGUGGCAGAUUCCUCACAGAUAGAAUUCAAGGGGAGCUUCACUGGCUUUCAAGGACUUCUCUAAAUACUGACUGUUGCACUAAUGAGUCAGUUAAAAAAAAAAAAAAGAAAAAAAAAAAAAAAAAAGAAAAAAAAAAAAACCAAAAAAAAAAAACCAACAGUUUGCGCACUCCUGCCCUCAUGGGAAUAAAGAGAAAUGGCAGAGGAGCUUCCCCUCCCUGACCCAGCACCACCAGGGACCUUCUGCUACACAACGACAUCCAACACACCUGACUGGUGUCAGCACAGCCACCACCACUCCCUGUCUGCAGGAAGCCCAUCCUCAGCCUGGGUGUCAGUUCUAUCCUAAACCACAUCUGCAAGUAUGAACUAAAAGAUAUAAAAAUACAAAAGUGGUCAGAGCUGCUUCCAGCCCACAGAUCCCAGCAAGGUUCCCAAGCAGAGCAGAUUCUGGAGCCACAUCACCAACAGGGCCACACGUCCAGGACUGAGACAUGUGACACAGCUACUCAUGAGUUACUACAAAAACCUCCUACUGAGGAAAAGGAAUAUUAUUUCAUGUUUAUAAAAAUGUAAAUAUAACAGUGUUGUAUGCAUGUGUCUACUAUUAUAUAUAAUAAUAUGACUCCUCUAUAUACACAUAUAAAAUCCUAGAAUAUACAGGCAGUGCGUAUUUACAUCCCUAUACAGACUGGGAGAGGAAAAGCCUCUCCUCCUGUGUAACCCCCCCAAGUGCCCCACUCCCCUGGAGAAUUUCUCAAGUUGCUUUUUGCAGGAGUUUACCCCCUGCUGCAUUUUUCCUUGUUUCUAACACCUUAUCCCAUUUCCAACGCUGACCUCGGUGCCUGCCCGGGGCACCACAGCUGGCACAGCUGGUCUGAGCAGGAACACAAAGUGCUCACAGGCUGCCACAAUAGACUAAACAAACCCAAAUUUAAACAAAGCCCCUGAACAAACACAGCAUCCCACUGCUGUUUCCUUUUAGCUUCUACAGAACAGAGCUGCCCCGAGCCCCCUGAACACAGAACUCCCCAAUUCCUUGAAACUCCGUUUUGCACUAAUGAGAAGUCACCAGUGACCAGGAUUUCCUGUUCUCACCUUCCACCUACAGCUCAGAGCACGCCAAGCAACUCCCUCUCCUCUCUCCUGCUCCCCUCACCCAGAUCCAUGGCUGUGCUCCCUCUAAGCAGAGGCACAAGAAAACAGGAAUAAAAAUCCACUCAGGUAUAUCUUCCUUGUAGAAAUUACAUUCUAAAUCAAAACAGCAACGGAAACUUUAAAAAAAGUUCAGCUUAUGCAAGUGAGGAAAGCUGCCUAGACUUGGUGCUUCCAGUAAAAACCUGCCACAGUCAUGUUUAACUGCUCAUGCUUUGUUUUAUCUCAAAACUACAUGGGAAGCAACCUGUCAAUGAUUAGAAGUAAUCAGCAUCACUGAUCAGAGAGAGGACAUCCACUUCAGAACAGCCAGCCUGGAAUUAUUUCUUGAGCUAGAUUUGUGUUCAAAUAAGAGCAAAGUGCUUGGCUUGCUGCAAGACCAGGCAGUGAGGAGGCAAUUAAUAACAAAACAACUGUUAAUUAAGCACAAAGCAGCAGUAACUCCGUGCCAGAGAUGUUCAGCUCAAACUGUGCAGUCAGGGUUGGCUCUGGGGUUUCUGGGGCUCUGGGCACACUCAGGGUAAAAGCUGAGGGGACAUGGUGGGGGUUGGCAGCUCCAUCUCCCUCCACUCUCACCUGUGCCCACAAAUGGGUGCUCUGGGAUGCCCAGGGACGCUGGAUUUGCACAGGCUGACACCUCAGGAUCCUCUCUGGCACCCAAAGGGCCCAGACACGCCGCCAGUGCUCCGUGUGCUCCUGGAACACAGGGGUCAUUGAGAGGCUCUGCUGCCCAACCUCAACUGCUAAAAAUGUCACAAGUGAAUGUUCAGGCCCCUGGUGAAACACAGAUGUGGCUCAGGCUGUGCUCCCUGCCAGGACACCCUGCAGCCUGUCCUUGAGCUCUGGUGGGGCUGAUCCAAGCCCUGCACCUCAGAGCCGCUGCCGAGCACGCGCCGACCGCUGAGCGACCUCUUCAGUCACACAAAUACUUUUUGUAACCAAAUCACAUGUUCAAAGUCUUGUACAUUUAAACAUUGACCUAAAAUGAACAGGUAAAUUUAACACGAGGAAAGGAAGGUGUUUCCAGAAGGGAAAACUGGGAUAGCACAGCCCUUAGUUGGUUUUUUGUGUAUUUUUUUUCUCUCUUCGCUUCGUAAAUGACCUCAAACACGCCCACAAUUCAAACAUACCCUUCCCUGGAGCUGUGGCAGGCUUGGGAUGAAGUUUCUCUUCUGGGCACUCAUCCUGUUCCAUGGAGAAUUGGUCCCUGGUGACUUGGCACUGACCAACAAACAGAUAGAGCCCUUCGGAACAAGGAGCAAACUGAAGCAGCACGUGAGCGAAUCCAUCCUUCCUGUCACUCCUCCUGUGUCCAACGGCCCCAGGUGACACCAACAGCUCAUCCUGGGACACAGAUCCUGCAAACACCACCAGUUCCUUUCCCAGUGAGUGCCUAUGGACUUCCACGGCCCUCUGGACCUUGCUGGGUCCAUUGCUGUCAGCCUGAGCAGCCCCACACAGCACCUGGGCACUGCUGGGGGCUGCUGCUUUCCUGUUGUGAACCUUCACAAGAUGUUGGUAAUGUUUUGUCUUAGCAGAGGAAAAACAAAUAAAAUACAGCAAGAAAAAGUCUGGGUCGGGGUUAAAGCAGCUCUGGACAUGAUGCAGCAGGGAAUUCUUUCUGUCCUGAUUAAAAUUUCCAACGUUUGAGCAUAAUCAUAAAUUAGGAGUUAAAACACAGAGGCGCUAAUAAUAAAAUAUUAAAUAGGCAAUGAGAGCGGAGAAAAGCUGAAUGGCUCAUUCUGAGGGAAACCCCAAUAUUUCAUAUUUUAUAUAAUCCUAAAUGCCUCUGGGUUUCCUGGCUAGGCUGUGAGUGAGGGACACACCAAACACAGAGCGAAGCUUCUCGUGGCCAGCUGGACCAACACUGCCUGAUGGAAUGGCGAGAGAUGAACAUGUUAUUUAUGCUGCAAAAAGUACUUAAAUACUCAAUAAAGACAUAACAAACCCCACCCCACCCCACUGUUAUCAGACGCCACGUUGUGGUAGAACAUCAGACAAACUCACAAAUUUACCACAAAAAUGUGUGGCAAAAAGAAUAUUUUAUAUAUAUGUAUAUAUAUAAAUUUUUUAUAUUUAUGCCAAUGUACUCACUCAGUACAAAUAGCAAAAUAGUUAUACCAUUUCCUAAAUACAAAAUAUAGCUUUCCAAAAAAAUGAAACACACAUUAGAUAUAAACCAUCCAAAACUUGAACGAUUGAAAACUGUAUUCAAAAUUAAAUGACCCAGAGCAGGUCUCUUUCUGAAAAGUUCCCUUCAUAUCGGCAAGAAGCCUUACUACUGAAAACGUAAUUCAAUGCCUCUCAAUGAGAGAGAGAAAGAGAGAGACAGAAAGAGAAAGUGAACGUCGUGACAGACCAACAAACAGGGGAAUCCAGGAAAACCAACAAAAACUCUACACGGCUCAACUACGCACACCAGUUAAGGGGAAAACACACGGUAAACAGACUCGAGGAACUUAAAAAAACAAAACAUUUACAGGCUGUUCUUUUGUUAUUUCAAAUAACAAAAAUGAAAAAAUGAACGUGACACCAGCUACUCUCUACCGAGGCGAACGGGCGCCGCGGGAGCGGCAGCGGGAGGAACACGGAUCUGAGCCGGGCUCUAGGGAGAGAUCACACACUGUCCGCAGAGCUGAAGCACCCAAAAACAUCCACAUGCCUCACAAUACACCUGCAUGGUCUGGAGUGGGUUGUUUUUACAUUCGGUAACAUCAGUCAGUGAUUUAUUCCGUAAUUAAACAUGACAAUCUAGAAACCAGACUCGGGGCUCGGUGGUAGAAAAAGGAAAAAUCACUUCAGAACUGUGAUGAGCUCCAUGUGCUACAAAGAUGCAACAGCUCAGGAUGAAGUGACCUUUUAAGAAGGCUUAAAAAUGAUGCAAUUUGCCCCCUACUUGGAGUAAAGCCAAGCUGAAGAUUUCCAUCAGUCACAGCUGGAAGUGGCAGGUUAAGGGGGAUUCCUGCAUUUAGGAGGUGGUGGAGAAAUUGUUUCCUCUCUCCUUAUGCCUUGAUUAUUUGUCAAAGCUUCUACUGACUAAGCAAUUUACUGCCAAGGAUUCCUAAAAGCUGUUUCUUUAGCUUUAAAGCCAGUAGGAUAGUUAUGUCUUUUUUUAAAAACACAAUAAAAAACUGAGGGAGAGAAGGAAAACCAUGGAAAGAAUGGAAGGGAGAAAAGCUGGCUUGGGAACAGCUCAUGAGGCUCUACAGAGCUCUAACCCAUCAGUCAGAAUGAGAGACACAGAGGAGUCCCUUCCUCAGCCACAAAGAAUACCUUUUUCAAGCUGAAGGUGUUAGAGAAGAUUUUAAGUUCAACUGGAAGUUCCCCUUCAUUUUGUAGAGCCACCAAACUCUUGCUCUAUGUACAGCUCCACCUAAGAUAUGUGGAAAACCGUGAAUCCCAUUCUCAGAUGGGAACUGGCUAUUUACAGCAGCAAUUCUCUGCUUGGUUCUUACAGUUAUCAACACUUUCAAUUCAUAAAGGGGGGGUUUGGCUCUCCUACUCCGUGUCAAUCGAGGGAUCCCUUCGCUGACUGACAGCUGAGUCACAGCUCAAGGCAGAGGCAGCUGCUGCUUCUGCUGCACGAGCUUCCCGAGGGAAAAAAGGGAUGUGAAGAAGGAAUAGAAGGGAAAAAGUAAACGUGGUAACAUGGAUUACCUUCCAACAACAAUAAUAACUGACCAGAUAUGCUUUAAAUUCCAAGAGCCCCCACUGUGAUGAGGUUUAUGAACCUGGUAACAGCCCAACCCCACGCCCCAGUAACACAAAGCAUAACUCCUCAGCAUUAUUGGCUAUGGAGCCCAAACUCCAUGGUCAUGGCCUCAGGUCUGCCACUGGCCACACGUGUGCUCUUUAAAGAGGCCACUUUUCCACAGAAGCAAUUGGUUCCACGCAGCCUAAUCCAGAGUUGGAAGGUCUGAGAGGAUCUGGGGAAUCAUCGCUUUU